AUGUUCACAGGUUUAAUCGAGUCAAUAGGAACCGUUAAAGCUUUAAAUCAAGUCACUGAAACCACAAACGAUCCAUGGGGUUCUUCAAUCCAUUUAAUCAUUCAAGAUGCAUCAAAAGUUUUGAUGGAUUGUCAAAUUGGUGAUAGUAUUGCGAUCAAUGGAACUUGUUUAACUGUUUUGGAAUUCGAUUCAAAUCAAUUCACUGUGGGACUUGCACCUGAAACUUUAAGAAGAACCAAUUUAGGUCUUUUGAAAGUAUCUGAUCAGGUUAAUUUAGAAAGAGCUAUGAGAGCAGAUACAAGAUUCGGUGGUCAUUUUGUACAAGUUGAAACAGCAGAAAUCGAAUCAAUAGAAAAAGAUGGAGACUCAUUACGAAUGAAAUUUACUUUAGGAAGUUCAUCAACUGAACACGAAGGUUUACCCAUCAGUUCAUUAUUAAUUCCAAAAGGUUACAUAACCAUAGAUGGGAUUUCAUUAACACUUUGUUCAGUACCUAAUCCUUCAAUAAAUUCCAACAAUCCAUCAAGUUUUGAAAUCAUGUUAAUUCAACAUACUCAAGACCAUGUGACUUUAUCAAAAAAAUCAGUAGGAGAUUUGGUCAAUCUUGAAUUUGAUUGUUUAACUAAAUCGAUCGCUAGAACUUUGGUUGGAUCUAUGUCUGUUAUGAUUGAUGCUGCUGUAACUAAAGCUCUACUUUCUCAAAAAGUUUUAGAUUCAAAGUGA